CCUUGCUCAAAACACAACUGUCUGUAGCAGAAUAAAGUUGGCUAAAAUACAGAGAAAUAAACGAUGGAUAUUGCUCUAUCUUCACCACCGGAACAGCAGUUUAUUGUGUGGUGUUCAUUAUCAAACAAUUACUGUGCAUUGGUAUGACCGAAGCGCUGUCAGAAUACCAGAGUAUGACCACGAGAGGAUUGCAUUUGGAAAUAAUUAAGAGAAAACAAAUCGGAAUUGAGCGCACGGCAGCCUCCUCGACUCGACCUCGUUAAAGCAAACAACAACAACAAACAGCUUCUUCCGACCCUUCACCGCAGUGCCAUGGCGACCCUCACACGAGUCUCCCGCAGGUUCAUAGGCACCGCAAUCCCUGUUAGACUGGGGUGGAAUCCUGCCGCUUCUACCGAAAGAUUUCACCACACUGUGGGUUAUACAGCAUCAAAAGUAAAUAAAUAUGUGUUAUGGCAAAGUUUCCCUCGAACUGUGAUGAAUAAUAACAGCUUCUGCACAGAAGGAAGUCUAACACAGGCGGAGAUAAAACGAGCAGUUGACAAUAUAUCUGAGAAAUUCACAGAAGCCAUGGAACUUAUGAAUGAUGCGAGAUCAUCAGCAGGGACUGUAUAUUUCUCGGAAGAUAUGGAAGAUACCACAGCACAAGUACAGGAAACCCUUCAAGAUUAUCAUGCGCUACUAGAAAGACUAACAGAAAAACAGAAGAAACAGGUCAUACAAUCAAUAGGUCUGAAAAUGGAAGAGCUCAAGGCACAGAUGUCAUUACUUCAAGACCUAGCCAGAGAAUAAGUAACUGAAAAGUAUGCCUUUCCAAUUAGUUUGCUAUAUAUGCAAAAGUUCUAGUAUGGUUUAAAUUUCUAUAAAGAAAUGUCGAUCUCUUAUUUCUUGAGAAGCAUUUAGUGCCAUGUAUUUUUCUUUAAAUAUGAAACUAGAGGGUACAGGAUGAAAGCACAUUGCUAUUUUUUUUCCUCAUUAUUAUUAUUGUUGUUAUUAUUUGCUGAAAAGACUAUACAUGUUCUCUUGUCAAAAUAUAUAUACAUACUUAUUUUUCAAGGAAAAUGUACAGCAGUCAAAUAUAGACAUGUUUUUGUAA